AUGACGAAGGUCGUCUUCGGAGUCGUCCUGCUCCUCGUGCUCGUCGGCGCCGGCGGCCUCGCGGCGUUGCCGGCGACCGCAGACGUAUUCUGCGACAACCUUAAACAGGUCGCCGCAACCCUCCCCAAGAACACCUCUUCUUCCCCAGCGCACUUCGCCACCACCACCUUCGGCCAUCCGCCAGACGCUGUCUACGCCCUCGCGCUCUGCCGCGGCGACGUCGUCAACGACUCCGCCUGCGGCGAGUGCGUGGCCAGCGCGUUGUCCGCAAUGCUCAACGUCACGCCACCGCCGCCGCAGCAGUGCUACAGAGAAUUAAACUUCUACGUUGGCCCUUGUGUCGUCAUCUACUCUGUCCACGACAUCCUCGCGUCCUCAAACACGACGUGGGGAAACGGCGACGACGACCCGCCGUACACGUUCUGGAGCGUGGGCAGCUGGGGCAGCUGGGGCAACUGGAGCAUCAACAACAUCACUGGCGACGCCAGCGACGUGAGCCUCACCGUCGGCCUCCUUCAGGAACUGCUGGUGAGGACAGCACAAGCGGCGGCCAGCCCGACGGCGCCGAGGCGGUUCGCCACGGGCGUCAUGGACAGCGGCACGACCUUGCCGUUGUUCUAUUCCAUGGCGCAGUGCACGCCGGACAUGUCCGCCGGAGACUGCUCGGCGUGUCUGAAUCGUCUCCUCGGCAUGGUCAACUCCACCAUAGCCCUGCGUGCCGGGGGGCAGAUCUAUGUCAUACGGUGUUAUCUCAGGUACGAGGACUUUGUGUUCUACGGCAGCAAACCCAUGCUGCAGGUCGGCCCGACAUCGGCGGCGGCCGCGCCUGCUCCGACGCCUACCAUGGAUGUGAAGCACAAAAGUUUCCAUGGUUGUAAUUUCUGCCUACAGCAUCCAUCAGACCAUCAGUCCAUCACUCAUAAUGUGCUCAAGAAACAUACUUACCGAUGA